AUGGUUAUUAGCUUUCUUGCUAAUAUCAGAGAGCGUUCUUCGAAAUCUGGUUUAGCUCAUCUACAAGAUCAACUUCUUUCCCUGAUUUUGAAGGAAAAAACUACACAAGUUUGGGAUGUUUAUAGUGGAAGUGCUAUGACAAAGAACCUUUUAUCUAACAAAAAGGUUCUUCUCAUUCUUGAUGAUGUUGAUGAACUAAACCAACUAGAAAUAUUGGCGGGAAAGACGGAUUGGUUUGGUCCAGGAAGCAGAAUCAUUGUUACAACAAGAAAUGAGCGUUUGUUAAUCGAGCAUGGUAUAGAUAAAAGAUAUGAGGUUUUGGGACUAAAUGAUGAUCAAUCUCUUCAUCUCUUUAGUUUGAAAGCCUUCAAAACAGAUCAGCCAGAUGAUGAUUAUGUGGAACUAUCGAAGUGUUUUGUAGAUUAUGCUGGAGGCCAUCCAUUAGCACUUAAGAUUUUGGGAUCUUCUUUGUAUAAAAGAGGCCAAGAUGCUUGGAAUAGUGCGUUGGAUAAAGUAAAGAAAGCUCCUAACGCAGUAAUUUUUGAGACUCUGAAAAUAAGCUAUGAUGGCCUUGAUGAGAUGGAGAAGAAAGUUUUUCUUGAUGUUGCAUGUUUUGAUACUGGGAAUGACAAGGAGCGAGUAAUUGAAAUACUGGAAAAUUGUGGCUUUUGUGCUCGUAUUGUGAUAGAUGUUCUCAUUGAGAAAUCUCUUUUAAGUAUUUUGGACGGGUAUGUGAUGAUGCAUGAUUUGACACAAGAAAUGGGAUGGGAAAUUGUUCGACAAGAAUCGUAUCAAGAGCCUGGUCGACGUAGUAGGUUGUGGCUUCAUAAUGAAAUCUUUCACAUAUUCAUGAAGGAUACGGGAACAGAAGCAAUCGAAGGCAUUGCCUUACGCUUGCCUGAAUUAGAACAGGCUCAGUGGAAUCCUGAAAGCUUUUCUAAGAUAUGUAAUCUAAAGUUUCUCCAACUUCAUAAUUUGAGCCUUUCUGUCGGCCCCAAAUAUCUUUCCAACGCCUUGAGAUUUAUCGACUGGAGUUGGUAUCCUUCAGAAUCUCUCCCUCAAAAUUUUCAACCGGACGAACUUUCUGAACUUAGUUUGCAUCAUAGCAAAAUUGAUCGGCUUUGGAGUGGAAUGAAGAACAUGUCCUGCUUGAAAAAUAUCGAUCUUAGUCACUCUCAAAACUUGACCGCGACCCCAGAUUUUACAGGUAUUCAGAAUCUUGAGAGGCUGGUGCUUGAAUCUUGUACGAAUUUAGUUGAGAUUCACCCAUCCAUUGCAGUUCUUAAAAGGCUUAAAAUUUUGAAUUUUAGAAACUGUAAUGGUAUUAAGAGUCUUCCAAGUGCUCUAGAAAUGGAAUCUCUUGAAGUUCUUGUUCUUUCUGGCUGCUCAAAACUGAAAAGGGUUCCUGAAUUUGUGGGAAACAUGAAAAAGUUAUCAACUCUUUCUUUAGAUGGGACUGCUAUUCAGGAUGUACCUUCUUCGAUUGAUCAUCUAAUUGGGCUGAUUUCGUUGGAUCUCAAAGAUUGUAAAAGUCUGUUAUGUCUUCCUACUGUCAUUUGUAGUCUGAAGUCUCUUAAAAUUCUCAACUUGUCCGGAUGCUCAAAACUUGAGACAAUUCCGGAAAACUGGGAGAAAAUUGAGUGUUUGGAGGAGCUUGAUUUGAGUGGAACUGCAAUAAGAGAUUCACCGUCAUCUCUCUUUCUUAUGAAGAGUCUCAAAGUACUAUCUCUACGUGGAUGUAAAGGUCCACCGCUUAAAUCAUGGCAUUCGUUCCUCCAUUUUGGCUUAUUUCCAACAAAAAACCCUGACCCCAUGGGCUUCGUUUUGACUUCUUUAGAUUAUUUGUAUUCUUUGAGUAAAUUAGAUCUAAGUGACUGCAAUCUUUGUGAAGGAGCAAUCCCAGAUGACAUCGGUUGUUUGCCCUCUUUAGAGGACUUGGUUCUUCGGGGUAAUGACUUCGUUAGCCUUCCUGCAAGCAUUAGGUGGCUUGAUAGUCUCAAGUUUUUGAACUUAGGCAGUUGCAAAAGUCUUCAAGAAUUACCAGACCUCCCAUCAAAUGAAGAAUUAACUGUAACAACUGAAGAUUGUACUUGCUUAAAAGUGCUGCCGCAUCCACCAAAUAUAAGUAGAUUAAGGUGGUUUUUUUUCAGAGCAGUUAAUUGCUACAGAUUGGUUGGCAAUGAAGCGAGGAAUAACAUGAUAUUUUAGAUGUUACAGCAAUUCCUUCAGGGAACCCCUCCUUUGGUCAUUCACAGUUUCAAUAUUGUGACUCCUGGAAGUGAAAUGCCAGAGUGGUUCAAUAUUCAAAGAGCGGGAGAUUCAAUAGUUGUGACGCUGCCUGAUGAUGUACAUCCAACUAGAAGCAAGUUGAAGGGAUUUGCUUUAUGUGCUGUUUUUGCACCACAAGAAAGCCCAGCUGCCCUUGAAAUUGAUUCUUUAGAAUGUCAUGCAUGUGGAAUUAAAUGUCUUUCGACAGUAACUGGAUCGAUGAGUGGCAAAACGUCUUUGCUUGUGAAAGGGGUUUAUUAUCAUAAAGCCGGCCAAAUUCAGUCAGAUCACCUUUGGUUACUCUAUCUUUCUUUUAAAGGCUACGAUCCUAGGAAUUAUUGGAAGGGAGGUUUCCAUCAAAUUGAGUUUUCAUUCAAGACCUUUUGUUCGGGGCCAGAAACCAACAAAUGCUUGAAGCUGAAGAAGUGUGGGGUGCGCUUGGUGAAAGCAGAAGACCACAACAACUCCAACAAUAGCAUUUCUCUUUAUGAGCCUAUGGAAGACCCUCAUUGUGCUCUCCCCGAAUCAGCAAAUGCAGAGAGUGCCAUCCAUAUGAAGCAAACAACCGAACAUUUUGAUGGUGCGGGAUCAAGUGGAAGCUCAUCAAUCUCUACUAAGGAAUCGGUUUACAAAAGAUUGAAAUAUGACUGAUCGUCUUGUGCCUAUUAAAUCAUCUGGUUUCUUCAAACAGUGCUUGGAAGGGUAAAAUGCUUUUCUCGGAAUUCAUUUCAGUAAACCAUUAUCUCACUCCUCGUUGCAGAUAAUUAGUACUGUACUGAAUUUCCUGAUUUUUAAAUUUCAAAAUUCAUUUUCUGAUUUCACAAGGUGAUUUGUUACUCGCCCAUUGGGGGCUAGGCAAUAUAUAAUUUCAUUGUAACCUAA